UCCUUUUCUGUCAAAAACGCCUCCUUUCGACACCUCUCGCUUUAUUCCGUUUGUCUCUUUCAAAUGAACCCGCAAAAUCCACCCACCCUUGCACAUGCUGUUCUGCUUCCUUUCUCUUUGCCUCUGAUUUUUCUCCCAACACCUGUCCCUUUCCUAUUCUAAUUUCACAUUUUCUCCUCUUGUUUUAGCCUUUAUUAUCUUCAAUCUCAACUGGGUUUUCUUCUAUUUUGUGCUGAUUUCUAUUCCAAUUUCUAGGGUUUUCUGUUUUUCUCUUAACUUCUUUGCCAUUUAUAACCUUCAAUCCCCAACUGGGUCUUUCCUUCUCUUGUAUUAGGAUUAGUUUAAUUUCACUUGUUUCUAUUGCUGGGUGCUCUUAGAUCUCAAAUUUCCUUUCUUGGUAUUAACAUUUUCUCUAUUUUCACUGUUCUGCUUCAUAUAGUUCUUAAUUGCCAAUCAAUGUCACAAGGCUAUGCAAUUGAGCUUUAUUUCGAUCCAGCCCUUGAAAACCAGGUCUUGAAGGCCUGGAACGUGCUAGCUCGACGCCAAAUCAGCACCCAACUCAUCGAAAUCGAGUCUCGCCCUCACAUAACCCUCUAUUCUAGCUCGUUUGUUGAGCCUACUAAACUGGAAUCGAUAGUCAAGACCUUUGCCUCGAAGCAGGAACCAUUACCCUUAUCUCUCUCUGCAAUUGGGGGUCUUCCAAAUGACAACAAUUUCCUCUUUUUAGCCCCUACGCCGUCACUUUCACUUCUUCAAUUUCAUUCUCAGUUGUACGAUGCAUUGAAGAAGGAGGGAAUUGAGAUCAGUGAAGAGUACCGCCCUGACUCCUGGAUUCCUUAUUGUGCAGUGGCUCAAGAUGUGCCAAAGGCAAGGAUAGGAGAGGCAUUUUGUGUUUUGAGAGACUUGAAGUUGCCGGUUACUGGGUAUGCAAUGGAUAUUGGGUUGGUGGAAUUCUCACCAGUUCGUGAAUUAUUCUCAUUUGUCCUUGGCAAUUCAGUAGAAUGAUGAGGUCUUUUAUGGUCUUUUUAUCAUGUGUUUAGAUUUAUAAUUUGAAUGUGUUACAUUUUAAAUGUUUUGGUUCAAUUUUAGGUUUAUAUGAAUGGUGCUAGUUUAGAGCAUGGUAGGGAAUUUGCAUUUGUGUUUAUGGGCAUAAGUUGAUAAUGAUAAAUCUAUUUAUUCAUGUUUAUAUUGUUUUCAA